UACUACUGUCUCACUUCGUGAACCCUCUUUCCACCCAAACACACUCUACUCCUUCUUCUGCAAUAAUGGCGGCUGCUGCUGCGACGUCGUGUUCUUCUGCAAUCUCUGCUGCUUCUGAAACCCUAGCCAAACCUUCUUCCAGAAGCUUCUCCGCUACCAGCCUCGCUCUACAAUCCUCGUCUUCCAAACUCACCUUUAAAUCCCUAAAGCUGAACCGAUGCGGCGCUCUCGGUGCUCGUAUGGUGGCGGCGCCGGUGAAAGCCCCGGUGCAGCUCGAUUUCGACACGAAAGUUUUCAAGAAGGAGAAGAUUAACCUCGCCGGACACGACGAGUACAUCGUGAGAGGAGGCAGGGAUUUGUUCCACUUUUUGCCCGACGCUUUCAAGGGGAUCAAGCAGAUUGGUGUCAUCGGCUGGGGAUCUCAGGGGCCUGCCCAGGCUCAGAAUCUAAGGGACUCGCUUGCUGAAGCAAAGUCCGAUAUUGUGGUUAAGAUUGGACUCAGGAAAGGUUCUCGCUCCUUUGCUGAAGCUCGGGCAGCCGGGUUUACUGAGGAGAAUGGGACUCUUGGUGACAUAUGGGAAACUGUCUCGGGCAGUGAUCUUGUGAUGUUGUUAAUUUCUGAUUCCGCACAGGCUGAUAAUUAUGAAAUAUUUUCUCAUAUGAAACCAAAUAGCAUACUUGGGCUUUCCCAUGGUUUUCUUCUUGGGCAUUUGCAGUCAAUUGGACUUGACUUUCCAAAGAACAUUAGUGUAAUUGCUGUGUGCCCAAAGGGGAUGGGUCCAUCUGUAAGGAGGCUCUAUGUGCAAGGCAAAGAAAUAAAUGGUGCUGGAAUUAAUGCAAGUUUUGCCGUCCACCAGGAUGUGGAUGGCAGGGCUACUGAUGUUGCUUUGGGAUGGUCUGUUGCCCUUGGUUCUCCAUUCACUUUCGCCACUACAUUAGAGCAAGAGUACAAGAGUGAUAUCUUUGGGGAGAGAGGCAUUUUACUUGGCGCUGUUCAUGGAGUUGUGGAAUCCUUGUUUAGGAGAUACACUGAUAAUGGAAUGGACGAAGAUCUGGCGUAUAAGAAUACUGUUGAGUCUAUAACUGGAAUUAUAUCUAAAACCAUCUCAACCAAGGGCAUGCUUGCUGUAUACAAUGCUUUAUCUGAAGAUGAAAAAAGGGAAUUUGAGAAAGCUUACAGUGCUUCUUAUUAUCCUUGCAUGGACAUUCUGUACGAGUGCUACGAGGAUGUAGCCAGUGGUAGUGAGAUUCGCAGUGUUGUUCUGGCUGGACGCCGCUUCUAUGAGAAAGAAGGUCUACCUGCUUUCCCCAUGGGUAACAUUGAUCAAACCCGCAUGUGGAAGGUUGGUGAGCGUGUCCGUUCUACAAGACCAGCAGGUGAUCAAGGCCCAUUAUAUGCUUUUACUGCUGGUGUCUUUGUGGCAUUGAUGAUGGCCCAGAUUGAGAUCCUGAGGAAGAAAGGGCAUUCCUACUCCGAAAUCAUUAACGAGAGUGUGAUCGAGGCUGUUGAUUCUUUGAAUCCAUUCAUGCAUGCUCGCGGUGUUUCUUUCAUGGUUGAUAACUGUUCAACCACGGCUAGAUUGGGUUCGAGGAAAUGGGCUCCACGAUUUGAUUACAUUCUUACCCAGCAAGCCUUGGUGGCGGUGGACAAUGGAAGCCCUGUUAACCAGGACUUACUCAGCAACUUUCUUUCGGACCCAGUGCAUGGAGCCAUUGAAGUCUGCGCCAAACUGAGACCCACAGUUGACAUUUCUGUGCCAGCAGAUGCAGACUUCGUUCGUCCAGAGUUGCGCCACUCCAAUUAGACCAAUUUAUGGCUUUCACCUCGAAUCAUUUUCCGAUGUGCUCAGAACUGCAGUUUCUUGUUAGUUUGGGGUUUCUAGUUUUGUUUUUAUGAAUGAAUGCUAGUAUGUAAGUUGUAUUAUCAUUUUGUAGUUUGUACCUCCUGUGUUUCUGCUGCCGAGGAAGGAACUUUAACAUAAGUAAUCUACGUCCACAAAUGUUGACCCAUGUCAUUUCAACUUUUCA